AUGGCAAAGGCUGGCAAGUGGGAACCAGCUCUGGACCUUUUCUCACUGAUGUCCUCGUCUGACGUGGCGCAUGACACCAUCAGCAGUGCGACCAUCAGCGCCUGCGAAAGGAGUGGACAGUGGACCACUGCCCUGGACAUCUUGGCGAGAAUGCCCAGCCUUCGGAUUGUGGUGGAUUCUGUGGCCUUGGCUUCUGCGAUCAGUGCCCUGGAGAAAGGCCAGCAGUGGGAGCGAGCUGUGUCACUUCUCUUCGAGGAAGCUGGAGCGAAGGUGAACUAUGUCGGCCUUUCUGCAGCAAUCUCUUCUUGCGAGAAGGCUGGGCAGUGGGAAGCAGCCUGCGAAUUGCUCCGCUACGCAACGCUGGCCUUCAUCAAGGCAGAUGCCGUGGCCUUUGGUGCUACUAUUGCAGCCUGUUCGCGUACUGGAGAGUGGCAACAGGCGAUUGGCUUGCUGCAGCAGAUGGAGCUGGAGCACAUCCGCAGGGAUGGUGUGGCCUGCACGGCCGCAGUGACUGCAUGCACUAACUCAGCUGCAUGGAGCGAGGCAAUCUCGCUUGUGGGAUCCAUGCUGGCCGAGAUGAUGCAAGCAGAUGCCUUCGCCUACAGCGCGGUGCUGAGUGCCUGCGAUGCGGCCGAGCGAUGGGAGGAGGCGAUGGUC